AUGGAAGCAAGCUCAAAUAACAAGACAGAAGACCUUUCCCAAGCUGAGAAUAUUUUUGAGCAAAACCAGAAUGAGUGCCUUAUAAACUUCUGUAUUAACUUUUACUACUCUCUCUUAGGCACUGCUGUAUUUCUGGCUUCUGAGCAAAAUCCUGACUCAUCUGAAAGUGAAGAAGAAAGUCAAGUAUGCCAAAUCUGCUAUGCAGAUUUUUCAUGUAAGAAAGGAUUAAGCCAGCAUAUAGGCAAGGUGCACUCGAAGUCUGAUAAGACUGCUCUUUGUGCAAAGUGUGGGAAAUACUUUAAAAAUGAGAAUGCACUCAAGUCACAUGUUAAACAAGUGCAUGAUAAGAUCACACGAGUGCCUUGCAAGAAAUGCGGCAAACUUAUAUAUAAUAAAUAUAUGAUGAAAGCCCAUAUGGCAAGAGAGCAUCCUGCACAAACAAAUAUAAGCUAA